AUGUCCAACAAUCCGAAGACGAUGGAUAUUUCGCCUAAUAGCAAAUCGUCGAAGAUGGCUAUCCUGGCUAUCACGAAAGCUAAGCACGAGACAGCCCGGCGAAUUUCAAACGAAGUACGGAAGACAUACGAAGCCCUGUCGCGCAACGUGGAGCCGGACGUGGAGCCAGACCAGGAGCAGGUGGAGCCAAACCCUCAAGCCAGCCUUCAACUGGCAUCGCUAGGGGUUGAGCUGGCGUUAAAGGAAAAGGAAGCUAUUCGAUUAGAGCGAGAUGUUGUUAUCCAGGAGCAGGAUGCUAGUCUACUGAAACACAAGUUGGCCAACAAACGGCUCCGAGACAUAACCAGCGCUACUUAUCUGCCGGAGACGACCUGUGGAAACAGCAGAAGGAGAAGAUACGUUUUGACGAUCCUGGAGUCUCGAGCGGAAUCACUUCACCGAGCAGGGAACGCACUUCUUAUGUCGCACCGUAUUAAGGGCUGGUUCGACAGCUAUCAGCUCGUGGUUGUUCCAUUUGACUCCAAUGAAUCACCAAUCACUCGAUGGCGGACAGACGUCCUUUCCUCCGACAUCAACAACAUGUAUAUUGGCAGCGAAAAUUUUACAUCCACAGACUUGAAUGGAAAGGAGCUACAGUUCCUCAAUGAGAAGCGUCCAGUCUCACGCUUCCUUUACUUCCAUUUCAUUAUGACGCUUGUCCGCAUUAAGGACACCCAACGUCGCGGAUGGGAGGAUAUCUGGGCCCGAUACUACGAGCAGCGCCCUUUUCCAACACCAGGAAACUAUAUGCGGAAAAGCAUGUUACUCGCCCUUGCCACGCAUUUUGAAACGGCUGACAUGAAUGUGGUUGAUUCCUGGAUCAAAGACCACGGCUUUGACACCCCUUUGAAGUUAACCGACGAAGAGGCUACAGAAGCGGCCCGCCGAGUGCAUUUGGCUGUAGAAGAUGCCAUUGCUUGCGCUGAGAAGUCAGAAAGUCAAAGGGAGGAGCGCUCGGAGGAGAGUGGGGAGGAGAGAUCAGAAGAGAGUUCAGAAGAGGAUUUUUUGUAG